AUGGCCGCAGAGCUGAAGGCGGAAGUCCGCCAAUCUGCACGAGAACGCCGCGCGCGGUCUUUUCCCAAGGCGGCGCGGCCAACAUCAUCGAGCCAUGUCGCCCCGGCUUUCCCACACACGGCAAGCUCGACGGUACUUGGAAGUUCAACCUCAGCCGACCACUCCAGGUCCCUUUCAAGCCCUCUGGAAACUGAAUCUCAUCAUUUGAGGAUUUCUUAUCAUCGGGGUGACGAUGUCAGAACCGGCACAAUCGGCGGAGCGUCGGCUAGACUCUCAAAGGGCUCCCCGACAGACAACAGUUUUGGCACGCGGGAUCUAUCUCAGGACUACGACGAACUCGACUUGGUUGCCGUGAUGAGGUAUAUGGAUACCAUCUUCCCCCAAAUGUUCCCAUAUUACUGCCCGCCCACGUAUAAUGGCGGCCGGGACUGGCUCUUGGUUCAGGUCUUGCAAAGCCCGACACUCCUGAACAUUACUUCAUGUAUAAGUCUGCUGUUCUACUCAGAUAUGACCCAGGAGCAAGAGGAACGCACAAGUAAUGAGUCGAUGUUGCGUAAUGCGACGACCCGACACGAGCUUGGCCGAAGAGUAGAAAAGGCAAUUGCGUCUCUACAGAGCGACAUUCUUGCGCUGAGCAGUCCUUCGGAUAUACUGCCAUCGCCUCAACCAUCUAUCAAGACUCAAGAUAAGCUUUACAGUGACGCCAGACUUCUUGGGAGUAUAUUGCAACUAUUGUGCUUUGAAGUCGGCAGUGGAAAUAGUGCCAACAGUUUGUCGCACUUAGAUGCGGCACUCACUCUAUUCGUGCGCAUAUUGCACGAUUAUGGGACAAAAGUUGGGAACAAGGAAGCUGACCGUCCUACAUUCGCCCUAGUCCUGGAGCGUAUGGCGCGUCCAUCACGGCAACUUAGUUUGAUUGAUGGAGUGUCGCCCAUGAACACCGACCAGGCAGCCUUUCGCUUUUACUCCACGGUCCUUCUAAUCAACGACAUCUUGAUUAGCAGUUCCCUUUCAAGGGCUCCUCGACUGCAAGACUACCAUCUUGAUUUAUUGGGGAUGCGCAACUCGAGCUCUAGGAAGUCUGGCGCCAGCGAGCAAUCAGGUUCUCCCCAAACUUGUACGCUCGACGUUGAGAUCAUCAUUGGUUGCCAAGGCUGGGUUCUAUUCUGGAUUGGAGAGGCUUUGUCACUCGAUGUUUGGAAGAAAGAUCAAGUAAAACAGGCACAACUUGAUGCGAUGGACCUGGUUGACAGAGCCAAUGUCAUCAAAAAUGCGCUGGAAGAAGGAAUCCGAAGUCUCGCUGUUACGUCAACUUCACCACCCAAUAUCAUGGACCUCGAUGAGACUGGUGAGCAGGACAGGGUGCUUGACCAGACUAUCAGACUAACCAAGACAUGGGCGGACGCUGCGCUCAUUUUUCUCUCUAUGGCAGUUUCUGGUUGGCAACCAUACGCGUUGGCAACAAGCAGUGCAGUAGAGCGAGUGCUCGACUCGGUAGAACAUUUAGCAGCAGCUAAGAACGUAGCUGUUGUAAACAGACUGGUUUGGCCUCUUUGUGUUGCAGGUUGCUUAGCAAAACCUGACCAGCACCCCCGAAUAAGGGCCAUCAUCGCAGGUCUCGGCCCUAAAGGUCUGUUUAGCACAUUAUCACAAGCAAUUGAAAUCAUGGAACGAGCCUGGGCUGGCCCAAGUUCUGAAGCAGACAGACGAGAAGGGAUUGCAGAGGGCAGGGAUCUAGACUUAGCUUUGUGCCUCAAUAGCCUGGGAUACCCAGUUCUACUUGUGUGA